UCAAACCUUGGAAGAACUGCACCUCCUCAUACAAAUGGAGCAGUUCUUGGAUGGUGUUCCUGAAGACAUCACACGGUACAUACAAGAUGGAAAACCCAAAGAUCUCGCUGAGGCGGGGGAGAUUGGAGCCAAAUGGAUGGAACUGGCAGAAAGCAAGAAAGCUACUGUCAAGGGGAACGAUUACCCCAGGGGGCACACAGACCAUAAACCCUACAACCGAGGACAGCCAAAGACCCCACAUACCACCCAAGUAAAGCCACAGACACCCUACUCUUCCACCUCACUAGUCUCCAGUAACUCACCUCGGCCCACUGACCCAUCAGAUGGAAGAUGCUUUAAGUGUAAUGAACUGGGACAUAUCAAGGCCAACUGUCCCAAGAACACCAUGCGAGUGCAAUUCAUUACACCACCAUCACACCAAAGAUCCCCAGGCCCGGAUGCCUCUCAAAUACCCUUGGAGCGAAGGGAAAAUUUGAGAGUGGGCGGAAAGAAGGUUACUGCGUGGAGAGACACGGGGGCACAAGUGUCAGCUAUCCACCAAUCCUUCGUUGACCCCAAAUUCAUCAACCCAAAGGCCAAAGUUACAAUUUACCCCUUCAUGUCACAAGCUGUAGACUUGCCUACAGCUGAACUGCCUGUCCAGUACAAAGGCUGGUCAGGAAUGUGGACUUUUGCAGUCUAUGACAAUUAUCCUAUCCCCAUGCUACUGGGGGAAGACUUGGCCAACCAGGUGAGGCGGGCCAAGAGAGUGGGAAUGGUUACACGUAGCCAAACCAGGCAAGCUUCCAGACCCAUUCCUGUUCCUGAGCCGUCCACAGAGGCCCCGUCUGUGUUACCAGAGACCCAGACAGAGGUAGUGGACCCGGAUUCCAUGCCUACCACUGAAGCAGCCACAGCAUCUCCAGUCCCAGGCCCGGAACUGGAACAGCAACCAGCACCAGCAAGUGCAACCACAUUUUCAAACUCAACGCCAGAGGGCACCAGCGAGCCAGAACUGGCAGAAGCAACAGACAGCCAUACCCAAAAGGCUCAGCCAGAGCCUGAAAUACCCUCAGGUGCACCAGCGGAGAGCGGUUCACCAGCAACGGAAACAACCCCAUCACCUACAUCGCUUCCAGAGGGACCAAGCCCAAGUCCACAGUCUGAGGAAGAACUGGUGACCCCAGCCUCAAGGGAACAGUUCCAGGCUGAGCAGGAAGCGGAUGACAGCCUUCAGAAAGCUUGGGCGGCGGCACGGAGCACCCCACCGCCUCUCAGCUCUUCUAAUCGAUCCCGAGACUUACAGGUUUGUCAGUUUACAGUCCAGGGAGGUGAUGCUGAGUGGCCUGACGGUGUCUACUACGACGGGAAAAAAGACGGUGGCGUGGAAGAGGUGAACCUCUCAACCACCCUGGAACGUCUGCAGCGGCAACAAAUCAAGGAGCUGUGCACUAGCUUCGCCCCAUUGUUCUCAGCCACCCCAGGACGGACUGAACGGGCAUACCACUCCAUUGAUACAGGUAAUGCUCACCCAAUCAGAACCCCACCCUACCGAGUGUCUCCUCAUGCCCAAGCUGCUAUAGAACGGGAGAUCCAGAACAUGCUACAGAUGGGUAUAAUCCACUCAUCUACCAGUGCAUGGGCAUCUCCAGUGGUUCUGGUACCCAAACCAGAUGGGGAAAUACGCUUUUGCGUGGACUACCGUAAGCUAAAUGCUGUAACUCGUCCGGACAACUAUCCAAUGCCACGCACCGAUGAGCUAUUGGAGAAGUUGGGACGUGCCCAGUUCAUCUCUACAAUAGACUUAACCAAGGGGUACUGGCAAGUACCGCUAGAUGAACCUGCCAAGGAGAGGUCAGCAUUCGUCACCCAUGCGGGGGUGUAUGAAUUCAAUGUCCUUCCUUUCGGCCUUCGAAAUGCACCCGCCACCUUCCAGAGGCUGGUAGAUGGUCUACUAGCUGGACUGGAAGAAUUUGCAGUUGCCUACCUCGAUGAUGUGGCCAUUUUUUCAGACUCCUGGCCCGAACACCUACUACACCUGGAAAAGGUCUUUGAGCGCAUCAGGCAGGCCGGACUAACUGUUAAGGCCAAAAAGUGUCAAAUAGGCCAAAACAGAGUGACUUACCUGGGGCACCAGGUGGGUCGAGGAACCAUAAACCCCCUACAGGCCAAGGUGGAUGCUAUCCAAAAGUGGCCUGUCCCAAGGUCAAAGAAACAGGUCCAAUCCUUCUUAGGCUUGGCCGGAUACUACAGGCGAUUUGUACCGCACUACAGCCAAAUCGCUGCCCCAUUGACCGACCUGACCAAAAAGACCCAGCCAAAUGCCGUUAAGUGGACUGAUGAGUGUCAAAAGGCCUUUACCCAACUUAAGGCAACACUCAUGUCUGACCCUGUACUCAGGGCCCCGGAUUUUGAAAAACCAUUCCUAGUAACCACGGAUGCAUCUGAGCGUGGUAUAGGAGCAGUGCUCUUGCAGGAAGCAACAGAUCACAACUUCCAUCCUGUCGUGUUUCUCAGCAAGAAACUGUCUGAGAGGGAAAGUCACUGGUCAGUCAGUGAAAAGGAAUGCUAUGCCAUUGUGUACGCCCUGGAAAAGCUACGCCCAUAUGUCUGGGGACGGCGGUUCCAACUACAAACUGACCAUGCUGCACUAAAGUGGCUUCAUACUGCCAAGGGGAACAACAAGAAACUUCUUCGUUGGAGUUUAGCUCUCCAAGAUUUUGAUUUUGAAAUUCAACACAUCACAGGAGCUUCUAACAAAGUUGCUGAUGCUCUCUCCCGUGAGAGUUUCCCAGAAUUCAGUAGUUAAAAAGUGUUCU